GGAAUGCUGCCGUCAAAUGCACAAGUCACAAGUGUCACUUUAUUACUUGGGAUAAAACAAGACAUGAGAGUCCAAAGGGCCGGUUGGUCUGUGCAUGGCAGCUCCUGGAGAGAGUUACUACCACUCUAUCAUCCAUGAAUCUCUCUAGCCUCCGUUUAAAACUUUCCAGCGUUCCAGCACUUGUUAUAAAGUUGCUAAAUUCAAUACAGAAACCAACAGCAAAAUAUGAAGUCCCUCAUGAAGACAAAUGAUGGAGCCCUCCUGUAUCAGGAGAGAAAGGGGUCAACAGCAUGUCAGAAAACCUAUGUGUACCAGAAGAGUGCUAAGACAUUCAUCCCCGUCACUGUGGAUGAAAAAGGAAGGAACACUGUAAGCAUAAAAGAUCACAUUGGUGAGUGGCUGAAAGAUGUAUUCCUUCCCCGGGGGUACCCAGAGUCUGUUUCUCCUGACUACCUCCAGUACCAGAUGUGGGAUACAAUACAGGCCUACUGCAGCAGCAUUGCUGGGGCAUUAAGCCUGCAGGCCACCUUGACUGGUUUAGGGGUGGGAGAAGAAGCUGCUACACCCCUGGCAGCAACUCUCACAUGGCUGCUGAAGGAUGGAUCAGGGAUGGUGGCUUCUAUUGCCUUUGCCCACUGGAGAGGAUCACAGUUGGAUUGUAAUAGCAAGCAAUGGCGUCUCUUUGCUGAUGUGGCCAAUGAUUUGGGGCAUCUCUUAAAGUUGCUGGGUCCUCUGCUGCCAGUGCCAUUUUUGGCUGUUAUGUGUGUCUCAGCAGUGAUGAUGGCUCUUGUAGGAGUGGCUGGUGGAGGAACACGAGCAGCUCUUACUUCACAUCAGGCUCGUCGAGAUAACAUGGCAGAUGUGUCAGCUAAGGAUGGCAGCCAGGAGACUGUGGUCAAUCUCAUUGCCCUCUUCACCUCCCUCACAAUACUACCCAUUAUCACUUCAAGUUUUAUGUUGACAUGGAUGACCUUCGUCCUGUGUGUCGUGUUCCACCUUUUAGCCAACUAUUGGGCGGUGCGAGCUGUCAAAAUGGAGAGCUUGAAUCGUCCUCGUCUUCUUUAUGUCCUCCACCAUUGGUUCACUGGAGCUGCUGUGCCAGGAAUAGAAGAAACAAAUCUCUCUGAACCUUUGUUAUUUGGAGCAGCAUUUAUUCCUAAUUAUUUCCCUUAUGGCUUCCGCACAAUGCUUGGUUGUUCAUUUCACUGGGCUCUGGAGUGCUGUAGAAGUAAUGAAGAUGUUAUGACUCUCUACUCAUCAACGAUGGAUACAUUUACACAGGAAAACUACCUUUUGUGUACCAGCCUGAAACGCAGACAAAUUUACAUAAUUUACCGACCAGGGAUUACAGCACAAGAAGAACUUGAGGCAGUUUUUAUGGCAUAUUUAUAUGUCCUUAACUCCAACCAUAUUUCAGAGGGAUCCCAAUUGUCUGCUGAGUAUGUGGCUGAAGGACUGUCAACCACUGCACCAGAUAUGGAAGUCCUCACAAUAGUUAAACGUCAUGCUCAAAAGAUUUUCCCAACUUUCUUGCAGAAUCUCCAAGAAAAAGGUUGGCUACCAGACAAACUGCAUAUGGCAGCUGCUGAAUGGAGACUGUUAUGAAUAGUUGGGAGUUAAACAUCAUGAACUAAGACCAGUGUCGAGCUCUUCAUCAUGACGUGGACCAAUGUUGCUAUAGGUACUACAGUACGAGUUAUAUGAAAAUUAUAUCUUCUUGAUUAGUUAAUGGGAAAACAAUUAGUUAUAGUUAACUAACACAGACAUGAAAAAUGGCUGUAAAACAUUGGUUAUGAUAUUAUUUAAUAAAACUUUGUACACACAGAUUACAAAUCUAUUUUUCAUAAACUUGAUACACUGAAAGAUUUUUUGGUUUUGUAGUUCAUAGCACAUGUUAGGUUUCCUUUGUUUUAAUAAAGUUACAUAUUUAC